CUCCGAUCAUCUAAUACCAACCAACCAACCAACCAUUUGCUUCACACCCCAUUUUCAUUCAUUAUUCACCAUGGUUGUUCUUACUGAAAUUUCUGAAGAGUCUUCUUACAAUUAUGAUGUAUUUUUAAGCUUUAGAGGUGCGGAUACUCGCAACAAUUUCACCGAUCAUCUUCUCAAAGCACUCCGGGAAGCCUCUAUCCGCACGUUCUUCGAUGAUGCUGAGAUUCGAAUAGGAGAGACUCUAAAACCGGAACUGGAGAAUGCAAUUAAGUCAUCAAGGGCUUCUGUUAUCGUGCUGUCCAAGAAUUACGCUUCUUCCACAUGGUGCCUUGAUGAACUGGCACUCAUCAUGGAGCAGAGAAGGACCUCCAAACAUAUUGUUUUCCCCAUCUUCUAUCAUGUUAUGCCUUCCGAUGUCAGGAAACAACGAAACAGCUUCGGAGAUGCAAUGGCUGAGCAUACACAGAGGAUGGAAACCGAGUUAAAUUCAGAGAAAAGAAGUGAAUGGGCUCACAGGAUAGAGAAAUGGAAGAAAGCAUUAACAGAAGUUGCUGAUAUGAAAGGGAAGGAAGCAAACGGCAGAGAGACGAAGCUUAUUGAAGAAAUUGUUAAAGAUAUAAGUAGCAGAUUAGAACUACACAAAAGGAGUGAUAUUCCAAAACUAAUUGGGAUGGAGUCUUCAGUUAGGACCAUCACUUCAUUCUUGAACGACGCAUCUUCUCAUACCACUGACGUUCUCACAAUAUGUGGUAUGGCUGGGAUAGGAAAGACACAUUUGGCAGACUAUAUCUUCAAGUCACACUAUCUUGAGUUCGAAAGCAGCUGCUUUCUUGAAGAUAUCGAAAGGAGGUGCACAUCCCAAAAGCGAUUGCUUAAAUUGCAGAAACAGCUCCUUAAAGAUAUUCAAGCGACAAGUUGGAUGGACAUAGAUAAUGUUAAGGCAGCCACCUCAAAGAUUGAGAAUUCACUUUUUAGGAAAAGAUCUUUUCUUGUUCUUGAUGGUAUAAAUGACUCUGAGCAGUUGGAUGCAUUAAUUGGGACAAAAGGCAUUCAUCCUGGAAGUAAAAUCAUAAUAACUUCUAAAAAUGGAUCGCUAACAGAAAAAUGUAAGCUGUUUGAAGCACAAGUUCCACCAAAGCAUACUAAGCACUUGCUUCAUGGCUUAAAUGAUAAGGAUUCUCUUCAGCUUUUAACUUGGCAAGCCUUUGGAUGCCAUGAACCCAACGAAGGUGAUAAAAAGAAAAUGAAGAAGGUCGUACAAUACUGCAAAGGACAUCCAUUGGCUCUUAAAGUUUUGGGCAGUUCUUUCCGUAGUGAAGACGCUACAUGGGAGGAUAUCUUAGAAUCACUGGGUAAAGAAAUUAAUCCAGAUAUUAAAAAGGUCCUGAAAAUAAGUUACGACUCUUUGCCAUCUGAAAAAGACAAGGAACUGUUUAAAUACAUUGCUUGUUUAUUCGUUGGCGAAGAUAGAAAGUUCACUGAAGACAUAUUGAAAGCAUGUGGCAUAUGCAAACCAUCUGGGAUCAAGGUUCUCGUUAAUAGAUGCCUUCUCACUGUACGAUCAUUUGGCGAAUUGAUGAUGCAUCAACUUCUUCAAGACAUGGGGAGAGAUGUAGUCCGUCAAGAAUCACCAAACAGGCCAUGGGAGCGAAGUAAUUUAUGGAAUCAUGAGGAGUGUUUGGAUGUGUUGCAAAAUAAACAGGGAACAGCAAUAACUCAAGGACUGGCCCUUGACAUGAGAACAUUUGAGAAUGACACAUGGAAAGAACCAAGUAGUGCCAAUAUGCAAAUGUUUGGAUUUAGAUCAUAUCCAUCAUUCAGUUGUCUUUGGUGGUUAGUUGGUUGGGUUUCAGGAAUGUGUUCCUCAUCUCGUAAAACAAAAGGUGACUUUGAGACACUUGCUUUAAGUGAAAUGCGUAACUUAAAACUACUCCAACUGAACUAUGUACAACUCAGUGGAUCCUACAAGAAUUUUCCUCAUGGUAUAAGAUGGUUAUGCAUGCAUGGAUUCCCUUUGAGUUAUAUUCCGUCAGACUUACAAAUGGAGAAUUUGGUAGCUCUUGACUUGUCUAAUAGCAAACUACAACAGCUUUGGAAGAAGCCCAAGCUGCUCAGGUCACUGAAGUUUCUUAAUCUGAGUAAUUGUCGUGAGCUUGUUAGAGUGGGUCACUUCUCUGGGCUCCCUCUACUUGAAAGGUUGACACUCGCUAGAUGCACAAGUCUCAUUGAGGUCUGUGAGUCAAUUAGCACUUGUUGUCAAAAACUUGAAAUCCUUGAUUUGAGUGAAUGCAAUAAGUUGAAGGAACUUCCAAGAAGCAUAGGAAAGCUAAAGAAGCUUACUCAACUUCUAAUAGAUGGUUGUUCAAAUCUUGGUGAAUUUCCAGCUGACAAUGUUAACAUGAAGUCUCAUGGGUGUUCUUCCUCUACCAUGGUACCAAGAACUCCCAAGUCCUUUGCGAGUUCUUUACCAAGAUCACUAGUAACGUUGUCCCUUAAAGAUUGUAAUCUGUAUAAUGAAUCAUUUCCUAUGGAUUUUAGUAACCUUCCAAUGUUGAAGAAGUUGUAUUUGGAUGGAAAUCCAAUGGAUUCCAUGCCUGAUUGUGUGAGAAGCCUUACUAGGCUGGAGACACUCAGUUUUUCUAGGUGUUGGAACCUGAAAACAGUCUUGUGUGCUCCAAUCCAAUUAAAGCGGUUGGAUGUAGGCAUUUGCACCUCAUUGGAGAAAAUAAAAUUUCAUCCAGAAAAGUCAGCUGUACCUAGAGUUAUUUAUCACCCAAGUUAUACCCUGACUGAGAUCCAGCACAUAUUCAAAAUACAAGCUUUAUCAGAAAUUGAUGAAGAGGUAUUAUGCAGUUUGGGUUGGAUUAAUAUAGCAUAUUUGAACCCCUGCCGGUUGUCGAAGGCCACUUGGAGUUUUCAAGCAAAAAAACUUCCAGCACAGAUGAUCUAUGAACAUGGAAUAUUCAGCACGUAUCUUCAAGGGCAAGAGGUUCCAAAGUGGUUCACUCAAAGAAGCAGUGGGUCAUUAUUUACCUUGCAAUCAUCUCCUGAAAAAGGUAAGAUUAAAUGGCUAAAUGUGUGCAUUGUGCAUACGAUUUCAAGCAUGAAGGAAGCUGGUCCUUCAAGAAUUGAAAUUAGCAAUCUGACAAAGAAGUCCUCCUGGACAUACGAGCCUAUGAUGUAUCUUGUUCCAGAAGAUGAUGCGUUUGAAGAUGGUGAUGAAGUAGUUGUAGUAUGGUUAAGCCAUUGGAUGUUUGGGAAAAAUGAGUUUGAAGAUGGUGAUAAAGUUCUCAUUAACUUUAGUGUACUCCAAUCGUUGCGUAUUCGCUAUGUUGGUCAAGGCCCAGAUUAUGCAAAUGUAAGGGAGUAUGGAAUUAGCCCUGUGUAUGAUGAUGGAAAGCAGAAAGAAGAUGCUUUGGGUUAUUACAAGUCAUGGAAGCACAUCAUUGGUGGGGAUCUCUCUGAUUAUAAAGUCUCCCCAAGUCAUUACCGUCUAAAACGCUACUUUUGGCUUUUAAGUAAUCAAAAUACGGGUCAGGGUGUUCUGUAAUUGCAACCCCUUUUUUCUUCAUCAAGGAAAGAAGGUAAACGAAUUUUCAUAUCUUUGCUUUUGCAGUUGGGCUUGAUUAGGUUGUUUAUAAUUAGUUGUAAAGUAACUAGGUUUUAUAUGUGGGUGUUCUUUUUAUGCAUUUUGGGGUUUUAACGACUUUUGAUGUAUCUGAUCAAGUACGAUCGAAAGACUGCAAGCACUUCGAAAUUGCCAAGUAUUGUAAACA